GCGAAGUCCGCGACCGCGAGGCAGGCGGAGAGCGAGUGAGCAGCCGAGCAGGCGGGCCAUGGCGGCCACCGCGAGGGGCGGCGUGGGCGAGAUCCGGGCGGGCGACGUGGAGGCGGCCGGGCUCGCCGCGGCGGACGCGGGGCCCUUCCUCGCCGCGCUCCGCUUGGCGACCGGCAAAUACGGCGGCGACGCGGCCGCCGCGUGGGCGGCGGUCGUGGCGGCGGGGGUGCUGCGGCCGGACCACCCGCACGCGCUCCACCAGCUGGUCUACUACUCCGUCUACGCCGGCUGGGACCGCGCCAAGCGGGGCCCGCCGCCCUACUGGUUCCCCUCCCCGAUUGACUGCAAGGAAACGAAUCUUGGGAGAGUGAUGGGAGAGAAUGGACCCAAGCUGUUAGGAGCAUCAUAUAAGGAUCCAAUUUCAAGCUUUGGCCUCUUCCACAAAUUCUCUGUUCAUAAUCAGGAGGUCUACUGGAAAAUAGUGCUGAAGGAGCUCUCCAUCAAGUUUGUACGAGAACCAACAUCGAUUCUAGAUGCGUCAGAUAAAUCAAAGAAGGGAGGAAUAUGGUUCCCAGGUGCAGUGCUCAACAUCGCUGAAUGUUGUCUGCUACCUUGGCCUUCCCAGAGCAAGACCGAUGAUAGCACAGCUAUUGUCUGGAGGGAUGAGGGCUUUGACGAUUACCCAGUGAACCGUAUGUCGUUGAAGGAGCUUCGCACCCAAGUGAUGACUGUUGCAAAUGCCCUUGAUACCAUGUUCCAAAAGGGCGACCGGAUUGCAAUAGACAUGCCCAUGACGUGCAAUGCGGUCAUUGUUUAUUUGGCAAUCAUCCUUGGAGGCUUUGUUGUGGUGGGAAUAGCAGACAGUUUUGCACCUCAGGAGAUUGCGACUCGCAUGAGGGUCGCAAAAGCAAAGGCAAUCUUUACUCAGGAUUUCAUAAUUAGGGGAGGGAAGAAAUUUCCACUUUAUAGCCGUGUCAUGGAAGGGACUUCAUCCAAAGCUAUUGUGAUCCCUGCAACUGGAGACCUUCUUGGAGUUACACCAAGGAAUGGUGACAUAUCCUGGAAAGAUUUUCUUUCUCGUUCUGCUGGAAGGUCAUCGAUAUACUCUCCAGUUUAUCAAUCUGCAGACGCCCUAAUUAAUAUACUGUUUUCAUCAGGAACAACUGGGGAGCCAAAAGCUAUACCAUGGACACAACUUUGUCCCAUAAGAUGUGGAGCUGAUACCUGGGGACAUUUGGAUGUUCGCCCAAAGGACAUAGGCUGCUGGCCUACAAAUCUGGGUUGGGUUAUGGGACCUAUUCAACUAUUCUCAUCCUUUCUAAAUGGUGCGACGUUGGCUUUAUAUCAUGGUUCUCCUCUUGGACGUGGCUUCUGCAAAUUUGUCCAGGAUGCCCGUGUGAGUGUAUUAGGGUCUGUGCCUAGCUUGGUGAAAUCAUGGAAGGCUGGUAAUCUUACUGAAGGGCUAGACUGGACCAAAAUCAGGCAAGUUGCUACUUACACUGUUAGAAAGCACUCGAUUUCAUCACAACCUCGUCGAAAGGAGCUACAAUUCUGGAAUUGCAGGGUACUUGCCACAACAGGGGAGGCUUCUGAUAUUGAUGAUAAUCUGUGGCUAUCUUCACGUACCUGUUACAAACCCAUUGUUGAGUGCUGUGGUGGCACAGAGCUGGCAUCCUCAUACAUUCAAGGGAGUCUUCUGCAGCCACAAGCUUUUGGAGCUUUCAGUGGUGCAUCGAUGUCCACUGGGUUUGUCAUACUCGAUGAGCAGGGAAAUCCAUAUCCUGAUGAUCUACCUUGUUCUGGAGAAGUGGGCCUCUUCCCUUUAUAUUUUGGUGCUACUAAUCGGCUUCUCAAUGCUGACCAUGAUAAGGUUUACUUCGAUGGAAUGCCCAUUUACAGAGGACGGCAACUCCGACGACAUGGAGAUAUAAUCCAGAGGACAGUAGGUGGUUACUAUAUCGUGCAGGGCAGAGCAGACGAUACUAUGAAUCUUGGAGGGAUUAAGACAAGUUCAGUGGAGAUCGAACGGGUUUGCAAUGGAGCCGAUGAGGGUUUGCUAGAAACAGCAGCUGUUGGCAUCAAACCUUCCGGCGGGGGACCAGAACAACUGGCUAUCUUGGCAGUGCUAAAAGAUAGAUCGGCACCAUACGAUGCAAAUAUUCUGAAGGGAAAGUUCCAGACAGCCAUCCAGAAGAACCUCAAUCCCCUUUUCAGGGUGAGCUACGUCAAAGUCGUCCCCGAGUUUCCGAGAACUGCUUCGAACAAGCUGCUGAGAAGGGUCCUGAGGGAUCAGCUGAAGCAAGAACUUGCAAGUCGCAGCAAGCUAUAAUGCACCUGAGGGCCAAUUAUCUCUUUUCAACAAGAAAAUGGCUCUUCAUAAUCCAAGUUUAUUGAACUAAUGGUGUGUUACAUAAGCGAUGGUUCGAUUCCCUUUCAUUCACUUCAUUGAGGGUGUGUAGUUUCAUAACACUUGUUAUUGUAUUGUAUGUGUUCAGCGCAUUAGAAGUAAUAAGGCGAUGGCUUGCUAAAAUCGGACCACUCUGUAUGUUUGAAGGUUUUUAAGCCAUCACAUUUUCUUAUGUUUUCUCUUUACAUCUUUAUAAAACAAGAUGAGCGGCAUUAUGUAGUGUCAGAUCAAAACUCGGAUAUGUUUACUUUUUUGUUACUCUUGCAAACUAA